CAUGCUUCUUAUUGUAACAUAAAGAAGCUUCAGCCGGCUGAACAACUUUUCGAUCCCUUCUUAUCUCAUAUAGUAAUAUAUAUAUGAUUAUGACCCAAGUUGAAGUUAAUUAAAUUAUUAUAACUAUUGAUAAAAAAAAUAAUAAUAAAAAUCAUAAUAAAAAAAAACAUACUCGAAAUUAUAUUAAGCUGAAUAAAAGGAUGCAUGGGUGUUUUUGAUGAUUAAUUGGAAAAGGACAGCUCCCCAUGCGACAAUUCAAGUGGCAGUUUAUUACCUAAGAUUCCUUUUGUUACAAACUGCAAAUAAGACUGAGGUUUAAAGCAUCCAAUUAUAGAGGUACUCCAUCUUGAUUUUAUCCCACUUAAUUGUUAUAUAUAUAUAUAUGCAAGGCUUUGAUACUUACACAGUUAUUAGCUAGCUUUGUGAAUGACAUUGAACAUUUAGCCUCUUUUGCACCAUCCACCAACUUCCAAUUAAGAUACUACUGAAAUUAUAGAUGGAAGUCAAAAUAGUAGUGAAAGAGAGGAUCAAACCAUCUUCCCCAACACCUUGUCACCUCAGAACCUUGAAGCUCUCUCUCUUGGAUCACCUCAUUCCUGCUCCCUAUGCUCCAAUUCUCCUAUUCUAUCCCAAUCCCAAUCCCAAUCCCAAUCCCAAUCCCAGUACUCUCAAUCCGAAUCACGAUGAUGAUGCAUAUGCUUCUUCUAACUCUAAUCAUCAUCUCAAAACAUCAUUAGCACUACUGAAGGAAUCACUUUCACAAACCCUAACACGCUUUUACCCACUUGCCGGUGUUAUUGGACACGACGAUCUCUCUAUUGACUGUAAUGACGAAGGGGCUUCUUAUGCGGAGGCUGAGGUUAACUGUCGUCUCUUCAAAUUUCUAGACCACCCAGACCUCCACUUCAUAAAUCAAUUGCUCCCCUGUGCUGCUGCUGCUGUCCUACCAACUACCCCACGGGUGGUCACUAACAUUCAAGUUAACAUCUUUCAAUGUGGUGGAAUUGCCAUCGGAUUGUGCAUUUCCCACAGAAUCAUGGAUGGAUCUGCACUCAGCACCUUUCUUAGAUCCUGGGCUGCCACGGCUCGAGCCUCGUCGUCCACUAAUGUUAUAUAUCCUGAUUUUGUUGCAACUAGUUCUCUCUUUCCAUCAAAUGACGAUUUAUGGUUAAGAGAUUCAUCAAGUGUGAUGUGGGGUUCUUUGUUCAAGAAAGGCAAGUGCGUUACAAGGAGGUUUGUAUUUGAAUCCUCAGCAAUAGCCACCCUCAAGGCAAAAGCAACCACCUCCGCCACCACCACCAGCUCAUGCCCCACACGUGUGGAGGCAGUCUCUGCUUUGAUAUGGAAAUGCGCUAUGGCCGCCUCUGCCCAAAAACGCGGUUCCAAAAGGCCUUCUCUACUCACUCACCUGGUGAAUCUACGCACACGAGCUUCACCUCCCUUGUCUCAACAUUCUAUGGGAAACCUCCUUUGGAUAGCAAGUGCCCAAUACAUGCCGCCGGCUAAGCAUGAUGAGCAGCAGCUGGGACUUCAUACCUUGGUGGCUCAGCUACGUGUAGCAAUAUCGAAAAUCAAUGGGGACUUCGUGAAAAAACUAAGAUCAUCAGCUGCCCAUAUUAAUGAAGGCGCUGGGUCGGCUGUGAAUAUUCGUAAAUCUUUUAAAAAGAUUGGAGAUAUGGGCUCCUCCAAACAAGGAGUUGAUUUCUUUGGAUUUACUAGUUGGUGUAAGUUUGGUUUCUAUGAAGUAGAAUUUGGGUGGGGAAAGCCUAUAUGGGUUGGUGGUGCUACUUUAGGUGGAUCAAGUGUUUUCAUGAAUCUCAACAUUUUGAUGGAAACAAGAUGUGGUGAUGGAAUAGAAGCAUGGGUGAAUUUGGAUGAACAAGAGAUGGACAUACUCCAACAUGACCUAGAGCUUCGCUCAUACGCUUCAUUGGAUCCAAGUCCUCUUUCAACACUUACCGCUAAUGCUGCUGCUAUCUAGCCGGAGGAAGAGAGGCUUGUUUGCUGCUUUGCAGCAACCUGUCAUUUUUAAUAAAUGUUUAACGAAAAUGCUGUAUAUUUUACUUGUCACUUGUUAAUUUUAAGGGUAAAGUGCAAAUAACCCCCCUGAUUUUUACUCUCUCCCCCAAGAAACCCCCCUAAAUUAAGAAUUGCCCCCUAAACUAUUAAGAAAGUACACUUUAAGGACAAAAUCAAAAAUUAUUAUUAUCUGAGGUCACCGGAGAUAUUAAAUUACUAUCUUACCCUUCUGUAGAACUACACCGUUUUAUUGCUUUAGUAACUGAUGUUGAUCACGUGUCAAAUUUAGUAACUGAUGUUGAUCAUGUGUCAAAAUAAAAUCUCAAAACCUAAUGGCAAUGUGACAACACAUAGCCUUAUCACAAUCACCUUCUAACCACUUCUUAUUUUAGUGCUAAAUAGCCCCUUAUGUACAUAACUCGCUCUCUGCUCUUGUUCUCUGGCAGCCGAUCGUGUCCUCCUUAUAUUAUGGCUGGUACCUGAUUUGGAGAAUCAACCAUAGUUAAAUCAUUGAUGGAGUGAAGCUCUGGAUAUUGAUGUUGUUGUUACCGCUUGUCCUCUCCUGGCAGCCAUGGCUAUUGUUUCUAUAUGAAUUUUUAGAAUCCGCCGCUGCCAUAAUUGAGCUAUCCACAGUUGUUGGGUUUGAAGAUUUGGACAAAAAAAGCUUUGUUUUGAGAAUUGAGUGUAAUUAUGGGCUCGUGUGGUAUGGAGUAGUAUGUGGGUGAUGGGUUUGUAGAUUCUUUGGUUUAAGACACUCCCACCUAUCAGUGUUGAUAGUUUGAUUGUUUCCAUUGAUUUGAGGAUAAUUUUUGGUUCUUUUGGUAUUC